UCGAAUGUGACGGAAUAAUGGUGUGGCAGCGGAGAGUGAGGGAAAGGAGGAGGCUUGACGACACCUUCCGUGAAAGACCUUCGGACUUUUAGACAGAUUUAUUUCAUUCUGCUUGAUAACGAAACUGGAGUAAACGAGCUAAAAGGCACCGGGGGACGUCCACUAACCGUGUCGCCGCUUUCUCUCUCUCUCCAGCAGCCGCCUCGAUGCGCUCUGCUCCCCCGCGCAGGAGGCUGAAGACCCGCCGGCCGAGGGGAGCUGCCAGCCGCUUCUUCCCUGCUGGAUGGACCGCGGUUCUUUUCUUCACUUCCAUCCGGCUUUAGACUCCCUUUCACUUUUUCCUGAUGUCCGCCGAUUUUGAGCGGCGUCUAUCCUGAAGGUGAGCAGCACUACUUCUGCAGACUGCUUCAGCAUGGCCACAGGAAUCGCAGCAUGGCUCCCGUUCGCCCGGGCAGCCGCCAUCGGCUGGAUGCCCGUGGCCAGCUGCCCCAUGCCCGUGGCGCCGAGGGACAACUGUCGCCGACAAGACGAGCUCAUCGUCCUCAACGUCAGCGGCCGUCGCUUUCAAACCUGGAGGACCACUCUGGACCGUUACCCCGACACCCUGCUCGGAAGUUCCGAGAAAGACUUCUUCUACAACGAGGAAGCGAAGGAGUACUUCUUCGAUCGGGACCCCGAUGCGUUCAGGAGCAUCCUCAACUUCUACAGGACGGGGAAGCUCCACUACCCUCGCCAUGAGUGCAUCUCGGCCUACGACGAGGAGCUGACCUUCUUCGGCAUCAUCCCCGAGAUCAUUGGGGACUGCUGCUACGAAGAGUACAAAGACAGGAAGCGGGAGAACCUGGAACGGCUCCAGGAUGACCAGGAGGAAAAUAAAGACCUUAAGCUCCCCAACAUGAACUUCAGGGAGACCAUGUGGAGGGCCUUUGAGAACCCGCACACAUCCACCAUGGCCCUGGUCUUCUACUACGUCACCGGGUUUUUCAUCGCCAUCUCCGUCAUCACCAACGUGGUGGAGACCGUGCCAUGCGGUCUCACCUCCGCCCAGAAAGACAUGCCUUGUGGCGAGCGCUACACGGUGGCGUUCUUCUGCAUGGACACCGCCUGUGUCAUGAUCUUCACAGUGGAGUACCUGCUCCGCCUGUUCGCCGCGCCGAGCCGCUACCGCUUCAUGCGCUCCGUGAUGAGCAUCAUCGACGUGGUGGCCAUAUUGCCGUACUACAUCGGCUUGGUGAUGACCAACAACGAGGACGUGAGCGGCGCCUUCGUCACGCUGCGAGUGUUCCGCGUCUUUCGCAUCUUUAAGUUCUCGCGGCACUCGCAGGGCCUGCGCAUCCUGGGUUACACCCUCAAGAGCUGCGCUUCGGAACUGGGCUUCCUCCUCUUCUCGCUCACCAUGGCCAUCAUCAUCUUUGCUACCGUCAUGUUCUACGCCGAAAAGGGAUCCAGCUCCAGCAAGUUCACCAGCAUCCCAGCUUCCUUCUGGUACACUAUUGUUACCAUGACGACACUGGGAUAUGGAGACAUGGUGCCGAAGACCAUUGCUGGGAAGAUCUUCGGGUCCAUCUGCUCGCUGAGUGGCGUGCUGGUGAUCGCCCUGCCAGUGCCAGUCAUCGUGUCCAACUUCAGCCGUAUUUACCACCAGAACCAGAGGGCGGACAAACGCCGCGCCCAGAAGAAAGCCAGACUAGCCAGAAUACACUUGGCCAAAUCCGGGAGCGCCAACGCCUUCCUGCUGAGCAAACACAACGGACUACUGAGUGACCUGCUGGAGCUGACGAGUGCAGAGGCCGACGAGCAGAAGCUGGCAAAGCCGUCGUCUCUUUACGAGAGUCAACACCACCAUCUGCUGCACUGUCUGGAAAAAACCACUUCUUUGUUCCCCCUCCAGGCGCAUGAAUUUGUAGACCAGCAGCUGUAUGAACAGACCUGUUUAGAAGCCAUGCUGCAGAGUUUCCCCGCCCGCAAGCCGUCCGUAAGCAGCCACGAGGACGCUGGGACCUCCUGCUGCGGACGCAGGACCAGGAGGAACACGCCGCUGACCAAUGCGGGGUCCAAUCAGCACAGCCCCCUGAGGGAGCUCAGUGCCAUCCAUAUACAGUGUGGGGAUCGAACGUCGCACGCUGCCAGUCGUUCAAACCUCAACAUGGCGCCCGCCGAUGACCUCGGGCGGAUCCACUGCAAGAGCGGCCACAUCACCACCGCCAUCGUCAGCCUCCCCGCCGCCUCUUCCUUGACGCACGACGCCGACAAGCUCAGGGCGCCGCCGGGUCGAAGGCCGCCCCCUUCCUCGGGUCACUCCGGCGGGGGCAGCAUCCAAACGUCAACCAGCUCGGCCAACAUCGUCAAAGUGUCCGCCCUGUGACGUCGUCUGGAGAGGCGACAAGACAAUUGUUAAAGAUAAGUCUCGGACAAAACGUGUGGUUUGGGAUGGUUUUGAGAGACACUGGGGUGCAGUUUGCGUAUCAGUCCAGCAGCCGGCGCUGUUCAGCUUCUACAAUGUCAUUUCCUGUUGACGUGAAAUGUUUGGGGGUUUCUGUUAUUGUUGUUGUAUUGUGUUGGCGUGCCGUGUUGUUCGUGUGUCACGUUCAAAACUUUUAAAAAAAGCAUAAUUUUGAAACACUAUUCUGCCUAGCAACAACUACAGAGUCAUAUUAAAAAAGACAUUCAUUGCACACUGCUCAUGCAUGUGUGGAAAUAGUGAAUAUACCACAAAUUUUAUAAUAAUGAUAACAAUAGGGGCUUUGAAUCUUACAAAGCCCGUUUCCAUAUAAGUUGGGGAAAUGUGUUAAAUGUAAAUAUAAACAGAAUAUAAUGAUUUACAAAUACUUUUCAACGCAUAUUCAACUGAACGCACUACAAAGACAAGAUAUUUGAUGUUCAAACUGAUAAACUUUAUUUUUUUUUGCAAAUAAUUAUCUUAGAAUUUCAUGGCUGCAACACGUGCCAAAGUAGUUGGGAAAGGGCAUGUUCACCACUGUGUUACAUCACCUUUUCUUUUAACAACACUCAAUAAAUGUUUGGGAACUAAGGAAACUAAUUGUUGGAGCUUUGAAAGUGGAAUUGUUUCCCAUUCUUGUUUUAUGUAGCGCUUCAGUCGCUGUCGUAUUUUACGCUUUCUAUAUGCGCCACACAUUUUGGAUGGGAGACAGGUCUGGACUGCAGGCGGGCCAGGAAAGUACCCGCAUUCUUUUUUUAUGAAGCCAUGCUGUUGUAACAUGUGCUGAAUGUAGCUUGGCAUUGUCUUGCUGAAAUAAGCAGGGGCGUCCAUGAAAAAGACGGCACUUAGAUGGCAGCGUAUGUUGUUCCAAAACCUGUAUGUACCUUUCAGCAUGAAUGGUGCCUUCACAGAUGUGUUAGUUACCCAUACCUUGGGCCCUAAUGCACCCCCAUACCAUCACAGAUGCUGGCUUUUUAACUUUGCGUCGAUAACAGUCCGGAUGGUUCGCUUCCCCUUUGGUCCGGAUGACACGAUGUCGAAUAUUUCCAAAAACAAUUUGAAAUGUGGACUCGCAGACCACAGAGCUGUUUUCCGCUUUGCAUCAGUCCAUCUUAGAUGAUCUCGGGCCCAGAGAAGCCAGCAGCGUUUCUGGAUGUUGUUGAUAAAUGGCUUUCGCUUUGCAUAGUAGAGCUUUAACUUGCACUUACAGAUGUAGCGUCGAACUGUAUUUAGUGACAGUGGUUUUUUUUAAGUGUUCCUGAGCCCAUGUGGUGAUAUCUUUUAGAGUUUGAUGUCGGUUUUUGAUACAGUACCGUCUGAGGGAUCGAAGGUCACGGUCAUUCAUGCCGCUUACGUGGAGUAAUUUCUCCAGAUUUUCUGAAACUUUUGAUAUUAUGGACUGAAACUUUUGAUGAUAUUAUGGACUGUAGAUGUUGAAAUCCCUAAAUUUCUUGCAAUUUCACUUUGAGAAAUGUUGUUCUUAAACUGUUUGACUAUUUGCUCACGCAGUUGUGGACAAAGGGGUGUACCUCGCCCCAUCCUUUCUUGUGAAAGACUGAGCAUUUUUUGGCAAGCUGUUUUUAUACCCAAUCAUGGCACCCACCUGUUCCCAAUUAGCCUGCACACCUAUAAGUGUUUGAUGAGCAUUCCUCAACUUUAUCAGUAUUUAUUGCCACCUUUCCCAACUUAUUUUUCACGUGUUGCUGGCAUCAAAUUGUAAAUAAUUAUUUGCAACAAAAAAAAUGUUUAUCAGUUUGAACAUCAAAUAUGUUGUCGUUGUCGCAUAUUCAACUGAAUAUGGGUUGAAAAUAAUUUGCAAAUCAUUGUAUUCUGUUUAGAUUUACAUCUAACGCAAUUUCCCAACUCAUAUGGAAACGGGGUAUGUAAAUGGAGAAAAAAAAAAAAAAAGUGCAGUUAUUCGGCUAAAUUGAUGCUUUUCUAUUUUUAUACACACGUAUUCCAAAUUCUUGGAGCUGACAUGGACAUGAAAUACGCACACUUGAAUGUAAUCAUGGGUUUUACAAAUGUAUUUUAAAACAAUAAUAAUAAUGUGAUGUUUCCAUGACAACUCAUUGUCACAUCUUCUUAACGAGGCUUUUAUUCGUCAUCUCAAUAUAAAUCAGUGUCUGCUCGGUUGUUAUUACUUUUAUCUAGAACAGGGGUCUCCAUUACGUCGAUCAUGGAGGGGUGUGUCAGCCAGGCACUAAAAAAAUAGUCGUAAAAAUUGCGAUCAUCAAUCUUAACCAUGACGUCACUUUCGUCACUUGAUUGACAUCUGCGACACCCGAGGGUCUUGUGAGAUGACUCUGGCUGCUGCGAGCUCAUUAUUAAGAAAAAAUUACCGACAGGAAGGCGAGGAACACUUUUCAUUUCAACACUCUCUCGCACGGUACAUGCCGUCAAAACUCUAAAGGCCGACUGCACAGUUCUGUCUUCACAAUAAAAGCGCCGCUCCAUCCUGCCUGCGCUAACAAAAUAAGAGUCUCAGAAAGCUGGCGUGAGGGAGUUUGCCGCCAAUGUUUUUCUUGUAAAGUAUAUAAAAAGGAGUAUGGAAGCUGGACAAAUAAGAUGCCAAAAACCAAACACUUUCAUGUAGUAUUGGACAGAAAGGAGGACUUAUUUCAAGGACCACGGAAGUCUGACGCUGUCGUCAUGCGGGUUCCAUGGACCACUCAGGAAGGACAUUAUUGAGCAGGUUAGACUCUCGUUUAUUUUUCAAUAAAGGAUGUCUUUUGCGUCGUCGCCGCUCCUGGUGCUCGCUUUCCGUGUCUCGGUUCUCGUCUCUCGCUUUCCGGUCCGCGCUUUGGUCGACCGCGUCUCCGUCUCUCUUGUCUUGUUUCCCAUUGCUUCUGCUCUCCAGCCUCUGCUCUGGUCUCUCUACUCCUUCAGCCCCGAUCUCUCCUCCUUCUCCCCUUUUAUACACUGCGAGAAGAUACGUUGGGCGAGCCACGCACCUGAUCUCGCUCGUAACGUCGCUCCCGGCACGACCCGCCUCUCCGCUCGGUCGUCGUCUCCGCCUCCUUGCCGCCAUCUUGGCAGGGCGUUCCCUGCCCUGCUGCUUGUUCGCCGGCUCCGCCUCUCCACAAGGACUUGCUUAAUGUGUUAAACAUGCUUGUAUUAUCAUUAAACACAUUUAAUCUCCGGGUUGGGGAGGAGACCCUGCGCCAUGUAGAAGGAGUUCUAGUACCUCGUAGUCUUGUUCAUGAGUGAGGGAAGAAUGGAUCGUGAGAUCAACAGGCGGAUCAGUGCGGCGUCUUCGGUAAUGCGGACGCUGUGUCGAUCCGUUGUGGUGAAAAAGGAGCUGAGCCGGAAGGCAAAGCUCUCAAUUUACCAGUCGAUCUACGUUCCCAUCCUCACCUAUGGUCAUGAGCUUUGGGUUAAGACCGAAAGGACAAGAUCAUGGGUACAAGCGGCCGAAAUUAGUUUCCUCCACCGGGUGGUGGGGCUCUCCCUUAGGGUGAUAAGCUCUGUCACCCGGGAGGAGCUCAAAGUAAAGUUGCUGCUCCUCUACAUCGAGAGGAGCCAGAUGAGGUGGUUCGGGCAUCUGGUCAGGAUGCCACCCCAACGUCUCCCUAGGGAGGUGUUUAGGGCACGUCCAACCGGUAGGAAGCCACAGAGAAGACCCAGGUCCUGUUGGGAACAUACUUGCCAACCUUGAGACCUCCGAAUUUGGGAGAUUGGGGGGGGGUUUGUGGUAGCGGGGGGUUGUUUAUUGUAGCGUCCCGGAAGAGUUAAUACUGCAAGGGGUUCUGGGUAUAUGUUCUGUUGUGUUUAUGUUGUGUUACGGUGCAGAUGUUUGUCAUUCUUGUUUGGUGUGGGUUCACAGUGUGGCGCAUAUUUGUAACCUUGUUAAAAUUGCUUAUACGGCCACCCUCAGUGUGACCUGUAUGGUUGUUGACCAAGUAUGCAUUGUGUGUGUGUAAAAGCCACAUAUAUUAUGAGACUGAGCCGGCACGCUGUUUGUAUGGAGGAUAAGCGGACAUGACGACAGAUUGUAGAAGACGCUAAAGGCAGUGGCUUUAAGGCACGUCCCCAAUAUCGUUGUCCGGGUGGAAAUUGGGAGAAUAGUUGCCCCAGGAGAUUUUCGGGAGGGGCACUCAAAUUCGGGAGUCUUCCGGAAAAAUGGGGAGGGUUGGCAAGUAUGGUUGGGAAGACAAUGUUUCCCAGCUGGCCUGGGAACGCUUAAGGAUCCCCCCGGGAAAGAGCUGCACAAAGUGGCUGGGGAAUGGGAAGUCUGGGAUUCCCUGCUUAGGUUGCUGCCCCCACUACCCGACCUCAGAUAAGCGGAAGAAGAUGGAUGGAUGGAUGGAUGGACAUUUAACUUGUUAACAAAAAUGUCUCUUUCAUAAAUAAAUAUAAAUUAUAUAUAUGAAAGAGGUAGAUCCCCUCCAUUUGGUCAAUUGAAAAAAAUGGCUCGCCUGCAGAAAAAGUGUGGGCACCCCUGUUCUAGAGUUUGUAUGUGUGUGUGUGGGUGCGAGUGCGGGUGCUAAUGUGUGUGUGUGUGUGUUAUGGCGGGGCCCAAGUGUCACAUGAGAAUUAAAAUCUGUGCUAACCACCAAGUCUAUUGUUUUCCUGCAUAAUUGUCUCUACAUCACAGAUUUUGCUUUUUCUUUCAGCAUAAUCCACAUAUUUUGGGCCUAAAUUAAAGGUUGUAUCGAAUCUUAUUUGUGUAUUAUACAUUUUGACAGACUUACCCUGUCGCCGCUCAGGUUCAGGGGACCACCCAGGAAGGACAUCUCUUUUGAGCAGGUUUGACUUCUUUAUUUUUCAAUAAAGCUUUUCUGCAGCUCGGAUCGCUCUUUCAGCUCCUCUCCGCUGCUCGCUCCUCGGUCGCUCUUUCAGCGACCGUCGUCGCUGUUGCGGGCUCUCUCCUCUUUCCUCCUUCUCCCCUUUUAUACAAUCUUGUGCCGGUGUGUGAGCCACGCACCUGGAUUGGAUUGCAGUGCCGUCGCUCCAGGCACGUCCCCCCUCUCCGCUCCGCCGCAUUCUCCGCCUCCUUGCCGCUAUCUUGGGCAGGGCUACAGUGUGCCCUGCCCCCCCGUCGGCUCCGCCUCUCCACAUACAUAUUACAGUGCAGUAUUUGUCUUAUGUCCUGUUAUUAUAAUGUGGCGAUCGAUCAAGCUACUUGCUGUAGUCGCCAAGCGUUAUGGUGAAGUGUGACAAUAACACGUGGGAAGUAGAACUUUUUGAUGCACUUCCUCUUAAACUCCGGCCUCAUCAAUUACACGUCACCACAUUUGUGAGAGUUUGACGUGACCGUUGGCAAAAGACAACCGUGUUACAUAGAGGACUGGAUGAGACCCGUCUUGACAAUUAAUGCUAAUGCUUUUAAUUAGUUUGUGGCGCAGUGUAAUGCAAUCAGAAUCAGCUUUAUUGGUUGUUAACAAUUAUUAUCAAUUUCCAUUAGUUUGUCUUAAUGUCAGGUUCAAACACUGAUGACAUCUAUUAAACAAGACAAAAGGCAAAGAAUCAAACAGAGACAGAAUUAAAUUUGGACUCGGAUCCUAGGAGAGACAUGGCCACUGUACACUCCGUACAGUCCUUCACCAAGCUCUGACGAAAAAGUUUUUCGUCUCCUCUUUUAUUUAGAUAUUCAAUGUUUACGCAACAACACAUGCCUCAACAGAAAUGGGGAGUAUGUAAACAGUCAUUGUUUUCGGUCACAUUGAAGACAAAAGAAGAAGAUGCCUCAGGCUUGGGCUUGUCCUGGAUUCCAGGUGUUUGAGGACAAUAGAAAACCCCUCUCGUCGCAUUCCAACAUACACAGCGGAAUCUUCCAAGGAACAAGGACAGGUCUCAUCUGUUCAAUGGAAACUCAGAGAGCGGGAAGUUUUUUGAUAAUUUACACACAAUUUUUCUAACACUUAGUCUAAGUCUCUUGGCAAGGCAUGUUUAACACGAAAUGAUUCUGACCUGGUCGACUGUGCUCUCUAAUGUAAACAAUAAAUAUGAACAAUGUACUCAAAUGUAAACAAGUGCCUAGAUAAUAACUAGGAUGUACUAGGAUGAUGAAGUGAACAUGACAUGAUAUUCAGACAGGUGAGUUCCAGGGUGUUUCACAGUCUCGGGUCUGACACCCUGGGACUGUUCAGAGUUCAUCAGAGUGAUAGUCUGGGGCAGGGGUCGGCAACCCAAAAUGUUGAAAGAGCCGUAUUGGACCAAAAAUACAAAAACUAAUCUGUCUGGAGCCGCAAAAAAUGAAAGCCACAUUAUAUACAAAUAGUGUGUCAUGAGAUCUAAAUUGAAUUAAGAGGACUUAAAGGAAACUACAUGAGCUUAAAUAUAGCUACAAAUGAGGCAUAAUGAUGCAAUGUGCGCAUAUAGCUAGCCUAAAUAGCAUGUUAGCAUCGAUUAGCUUGCAGUCAUGCAGGGAGCAAAUAUGUCUGAUUAGCACUCCACAUAAGUCAAUAAUAUCAACAAAACUCACCUUUGUGCAUUCACGCACAACGUUAAAAGUUUGGUGGACAAAAUGAGACGGAAAAAGAAGUGGCAAACAACACGUCCUAGAAAGUCGGAGAAAGUUGUGCAUGUAAACAAACUACGGUGAGUUCAAGGACCGCCAAAUUUAGUAGGACAAAACGGCUCUCGCCAAAUACUCGAAUCAGUGAAGCAUGUUUAAUAAAAACUGUGCUUUAUAGCAAUUAGUGAGGUUUGUGUCAUGUUUGUCCUCCUGCAGAAACCACAUUAAAACAAAAAAUAUAUUUUUUUCCCCUCAUUUUUUUCCAUUUUUCAUACAGCCGCAUGCCCCGGUCUGGGGAAAGGCGUUACAGUGAUCGGUAACGCCUGGCAAGGGGAGGUUGAACAGCUUAUGACCAGGGUGUGAGGGGUCCGUUUCCUGACCCUGAAUCGGCAUAAAUCCUUGAUUGGGGGGAAGUCGAUACUAAUGAUCUUUUCCGCGGUCCUGAUUGCCCGUUGCGGUCUGUGUCUGUUCAGCUUGGUUGCAGAUCCGAACCAGACGGCGAUGGAGGUGCUAAACGUGAUCAGCAAUUCCUGGGCCCGGUUGAACUUCUUGAGCUGACACAGAAAGUACAUCCUCUGCUGUGACUUCUUUCUGAUUGUGUCCAUAGGAAGUCGACUUCAGGUCCUGUGAAGAUUGUAGAUCCCAGGAACAUGAAAGAGUCCACAGUAGUGAGGGAGGGGGGGACUUAUCAUCACCAGGUGUAGUCUUGAGCAUGUUCAGUUCCAGAUGAUUCUGACUGCACCAGAGAACCAGCUGUUCCUGGAGGAGACCAAUGACGGUGGUGUCGUCUGCAAACGUCAAGAGUUUCACAGUAAGAUCCCCUCAGGUGCAGUCAUUCUGAAGUGCUUCUCAAAUAUUUUUACUGUUAUGCCCCACCUGGGAAGCGUGAAUAUAGAUAGUAGAUAGAAGUUCCAUAGUCCAUGAAGAACUGCUGCUCCUCCGGUAAAAAUCUCUCCGUAACUCUGUGGUUCAAUGAGAACCUGGUAAAAAAAAAAGUUGAGUAGAGGACUGUCCAAUGUUUAAUAGUUCUUCUCUGGUAAAUGACAAUAGAGAAGGGUAGCAAAAAACUGCCAACA